GCGGCUAUCAGAUUCUGAACCUCCACAAACAUGUCCAAGCAACAACCUGCUGAAAAAUUUACAAAUCCAGAAACGCCUGGUUAUGUUGGAUUUGCAAACCUUCCAAACCAGGUUCAUCGGAAGUCUGUGAAAAAAGGCUUUGAGUUCACCCUUAUGGUGGUUGAUCUAUAUCCAGAAAGAAUAAUCCCAGGAGCAGCUGAGAAAAUUGAAAGGACUGUACAGAUUGAAGCUUCAACAGUUGAAAUUGAGGAAAGGGGUGUAAAGCUCUGUCUAACCGUGGUAGAUACACCAGGUUAUGGUGAUGCCAUCAAUUGUCGAGAUUGUUUCAGGACCAUUAUAUCCUAUAUUGAUGAGCAGUUUGAGCGCUAUCUUCAUGAUGAGAGUGGUUUGAACAGACGGCAUAUUAUAGAUAAUAGAGUUCACUGCUGCUUCUAUUUCAUUUCACCGUUUGGCCAUGGGCCCGCGUCUGGGGAGCUGCCAGAGUUUUCAUACUACUACAAGCAGAAGCAGAAGCCCAACGCUUGA